AAAAUGAAUGAGAUAGAAAGAGAGAGAGAGAGAGAGAGAAAGAGAAAGAUAUUAUUCCGGUUCCGUUAGGGCUGAGGCCGUAACUGGGACUAAACGACUAGAGGGACUGGUUUAUACACCGUAAAGAUGAUGAUGAAGAUAAGAAGAGGGAGGAGGAGGGAUGAAGAUGAUGAAGAUGAAGACGAAAGGUAAAAUUUUCAUGUUCCAACUUUAAUCUUUUCCAAGUUUAAGGGUAAACAAGGUAACUCAACAUCUUCAUCGUUCGUUGAUUGUAAACCCAACAUCUAAUUUAAUUGUUCUCAGCAAUUGUGAUCCGAUAUGAUUUCUAAAUUAAUCGAUAACUGUCACUAAUUGUGAUUGUUUUUUUUGUUCUUAUUCUAAAAUUGAUUUUUAAUUGUUUCUUAUUCUGUUCGUCAUGACACAAUCAUCACUUUUAAUAUCAACAUGAAUCUUAAGGCUUUUAUUGUGAUUAUUAUUAAUUUGACUGUUUUAUUAAUUGUCCAUGGAUCGGAUUCAUCGCCACCUUCACCACCAUCAACAUUAACAGACUCGCAACAGCCCCCGGGCUAUUAUGCCUUUGAGAAAGCGACCCGAGCCCAUGGUGUCCCACCCCGUGUACUUAAACCACCCUAUCUACCGGCAAAUGUCCCAUGUCCUGGAGCAAUUAAAAGUGAUUAUCGUUUAUCACCAAAGGACACUCUCUGUGGUGAUUUAAAUAAAGGUUAUGUCCCAUUGAAUCCCAUGUUACAAUCAAUUACUGGUCAACCUUAUCCAUUUGAAUUAAUUAAAAAUAAAACACUACACUUUCUGGCUCGUUCAUUACCGUUUCUAAAACAAGACAUUAACAAUAUACCAAAAGUGGCCAAGAUCCCAUCGGAUACUAAAUUAGGAGCAAUUAACAGCAAUCAAAAUAAUAAUGAAGAUGAUUAUUCAUCUAAGCCUGUUGGCAAUGGAGGAUUUGAUUACUCUGGAAAUCAUUUGAUUAAGAAACGAUCAUUAGCCGAUUUAACUAAUCUACGGUGGGAUUUAAUUCGUGAAGCCAAAUUCGGCGGCCAUGGAUUUAAUUACACGGAGGCAAGACAGAAAGUGUGUGAACAAAACGAGGGAAUAUUAUGUCAGGUGAUGUCAACCCUUGGCGGUGGGAAUACAGGUUCGAGUGGACUACUGUCCACCUUAAGUUCAGCGGCUCAAGUGAUGACCGCUGCUUCCAAUGCUGCAAGCACAGCUCAAAGUUUAAGCUCUUUGGCUUCAUUGUUUCAACAGUUUAGCGGAGCAGGAAGUGGAAGCAGCUCAAGUUUAUCCUCAUCCAGUGGAUCAUCAACACCUUCAUCAGCUGCUUUAACCUCUUCUUCAUCUUCAGGUUCAUCUUCAUCAUCCUCCGGUUCAUCCGGAACCUCUGAUGUAUCAAAAUCCAUGUUCACCCAAGUAUUAUCACUUUUGGCCUCACUAAACGCCAAUUCUGCUCCUUCAACCUCAACUUUAUCUUCAUCAGCCAAUAACUUUUCACCUUUAUCAGCGAUCGUUGAAUAUUUGAUGAACGUUAAUCCAACAGCGAUUUCCAGUCUACUUCCCGCUCGAAGGAAAAAACCAUUGGACUUCGAGGAUAUCCUUUCAUCCGAGACAAUGACCGUGUCUCAGGUACCGCCGACACCCUGUCCAUCCAUCGAGGAAUAUGUAGCCCCAGUUUACGCUCGAAACUAUCAAGGUGUCUGGAAAUACGUUGUUCAGAUUCCCCAUGAAGGUUAUUUCACCCAAACAGUUCAGAAAACUUCGUGUGUGAAAGGACGAUGUGAUUUCAUGGAAGGAGUUUGUCAUGAAUCUCCUCGGUGGGUCAGUUUACUGGUCGCUGAAAUAUUUUAUCCUCAACCAAAGUUCAACAAUUUAAUUGCCUCACCAAGUGAAAUUAAAACUUAUACAGUUAACCCAAUGGUCAACAACAAUAAUAAUAACAACAAAGCAAAACAUCAUCUUAAUAGUAAUGGUCAUCUUGUUAAUCACCCACACAAUCAAGUUAAACAUGCACCUCAUGGUUACCCAAUGAACCCAAUGACCCACCAUUUACCUGGCGGUGGAAUUGGAAUCGGUGGUCAAGCAAUGAGUUACCCGGAAAUAGAUCAAUAUUUAAAUCGUAAAGUUGGUUACCGAGAGGAAGCGAUGAUGAUGAUGGCACCAGAUGAGAAUCGUCGGGGAGCCAAACCAAGAAUGAUGGUCUAUCAUGAUGAAGAAAAACCUCAAAUUGUAUCAUCAAGUCACUCGGCUUCGGCUUCGACCCAACCACCUUUGACCUCUUCAACUUCUUCAACAUCAAACCGGAAAACGGAAACAGUAAAAGAGGAAGAGUGUGACGGCCAUGAUGCUGUCGGUUGCUAUCAGAUGAGAGUCUAUUAUGAUUGGUUCCUAAUUCCUGGUUCAUGUAAAUGCUGGAAAAAAACUUCCCAAGGAGGUAGUCUUGAUACUCUGAAGAAACUGUUCAUUGGAAAAUGAAACAAUUAACUAAUUGUUUCCUCUAAAACUGAUUUACCUAAUUAAUUUAUUGCCCUUCAGGUUGACCAAUGAACAUAUCCAACAGUAUUAAGAGUAAUUAAAACUUUUACUUUGAGAGUUGAAAGUUUGUUCAACAAUUAACAAAUUAUUCAAAUGAACGAAAAACAAACCCACCUUUUAAUUAAUCAAAUUGACAAUUAAUUAAUCAUUUCUUUCGCUCUCAAAAUUUAAUAUUAAUUAUCACAAUUUGUUGUAUUGUACAGACACAAUUUUAAUUGAUCCAUAUUUCAAUUUGUUGUCCUUUUAAAAGUUAAUCAACAAUUAACUUUGUUCACAAUUUGGAUUCAUAUAUUUUUCAUAUGAUACAAUUUGUUUACUAAUUAAAACAUUAAUCUCUUAAA